AUGACACUUCGCCUUUUUCAGAAGCCUAACCAAUCCCUAACCAAUGUCGACGCAGCGCUGAAUAGUAGGAGACUGCGACGUCUCGGAAACAGGUACACGGCUGCGCUGCAUACUUUACGGAAACUGACCGCCUAUCGGGUUCCGAAGGCAAUGAUGAAGGCUGGCUCGGUUGAAUUCCGUGCGGCAGGAUUGGUGCCCUUCCUUCUUUCCCAGAGCACAGUGAGCGGGAUCAGUCCUAGAAAUCUGAAUCGCGAAUGGCGUCGAGGUCAUCGUCUGGCUCGUGUGGGCGGCGGAAUGUAGUCCUGGUGUGUCUAUCAUGCUCGCCUGGAUCAGCCGAUACUAGCUUUGUUCACAUGCACUCAACGAUGUCUUCUCCCAUGAUCGAGGCCCCGUGUCUGUUCUCGGAAUAUGCUGCUUGGACCAUCUUCUCGUAAUCGGAACUGCUGGAUUCGUUGAUUCCGUUAAGUCUCACGUGUUUUCGCUGGAUGUGCGCGGUCGAGAACGAUAGAUUCGAAGCCCUUGCGGAAUCCGUAUGAAAGGCGGGGAGUGAUCUGCCGUGAUGCACACUUUCUCUUCGGUCAAGAAGCGCUUGGAGUAACGAGAACUGUCCGCAACUCUUAUUACACUUCAAGUUCUAGGCUAGAACAACCCCGACCGUAUGCCAUCCGACGGCUUCUAGAGCAAGUUGUUGGCAAGUUGUUGGCAAGUUGCAGUGGAAGCCCCCCACAGUGUAGACUGCGAGUUUCUUCUCAGCUACUGGAUCGGCAUUAACGUUAAGGAUAGGUAUGUCUUUCCUGGAACAGUGAGCACAAUCUGUGUAGUAUUAUACGUUUUAAACCUUUUUGGAUUGGAGAUAUCAAGGGCUGUUCUUAUUUGUCAAGGCAAGUGUUGGAAAUGAGGUUGAAAAGUUAGUGCGUUAGAUUGGUUCUCAGCCAUCUAAACACCAGAAUGUAAACAUAGCAAGACAUCGGGAAAAAUUCCAGUAAGAGUGAGAAUAUGUUCCUAGCAUAUUCAAUAAUAAAAAAGUGUAUCUACAA